AUGAAACACAUCGAAGAAAAUUAUCAGCACAAUGAAACAGUUCUUCGUAUGGCUGCCGAAUUUGCAUGCACCCAUUUUGGUUCAAUUACACCGCUGCUAGACCUUCACUGCCAAGAAUUUCCGGUCAAUCAUGGCAUAGCUAUACAAAUUUUUGUGGCUGCAGCAUUUUUUCUGAUAAUUGUUGUUGGUAUUCUCGGCAACGCUGUCGUUAUGUGGAUUAUUGUUGCUCAUAAGUUGAUGCGUCGACGGUUCAAUUAUUUUUUGUUUAAUAUGGCAUUUGCUGACUGCUUAACGGUGAUACUAAACGUCGGUACAACUUGGACAUUCAAUUUCUACUACGACUGGUGGUUUGGAAACUUUUGUGCUAUUAAUCUACUUAUGAGCGUUGCCUUAACUUGUGUAUCUGUGUUUACCAUGAUAAUAGUUAGCUGGGACAGGUGUCAUGCAAUAGUGUUUCCGUUCAGUAGCAAACCAUUACUGAAUCGUCAUUCAAAAUGGUUGAUUGGUGGUAUUUGGUUUGCAGCGCUGGUCAUCGCUUCACCAAAUGCCAUCUAUGCAACUGUAGAAAAGCAUUUCUUUUUUUCGCCAAAACUUCAAGUUCUACAAACACAUUGGAUCUGUAAAUCUGAUUUUAAAUGCAAAACUAUAUAUGAAACAUUUAUACUACUUGUCCAGUACGUAAUCCCAUUAUUUAUUCUAUCUAUAACGUAUGGUAGCAUUGCAUGGAUAAUUCAACGAGAAAACGAGGAAUAUAAACGAAAAGGGAAGCAACCAGCACAGUUUGAAGCCAAAAAAAAGGUGAUUAAAAUGCUUGGCUUAGUUGUGACUGUUUUUAUGAUUUGUUGGUUACCUUAUCAGCUUUAUCAUGCCUUGUUUGAUAAUCUUUUCGACAAGUUCAACGAAUUUAAAGUCUCAUAUUAUACAUACCUGAUAGCAUAUUGGUUAGCAAUGAGUGCUGCUGCAUAUAAUCCAUUCAUUUACUGCCUUUCAAACAACAGAUUCCGUGUGGGAUUUAAAUAUGCGUUUCGUUGGUUACCAUUUGUACACUGCAGUAACGAGGAAUAUGAAGCUAGUGAGCUAUUCCCAGAAAAACCAGCAGCAAGACUCAGUAUCCAAAGUCGAGACACAGCAACAAGGAGAGGGUAUUUAAACAAAUCAUUACACACCAGUUCGCUGGACAGUUGA